AAGCCCAGGAGCUCAGGCUUCCCUUCCGCUGCUCCUCUCCUCUAUCAUUCUGCCCAGGAGGACCCCAGCCCUCCACAUCUAAAUUCUCUUCUUCCUGAACAUCCUGGGCCUGGAUUCCAGUUUUACAAGGCUUCUGAGCAGUUCCGGACCCAGCCCGUGAGAUGGCGAUGUCUACAUCCAAGGUUGCCCCAUUGCUCACCAACAUGGAAGAGGCUGUUGGGUCUGUCGAGGAUAAAGAAUAUACAUGCUUCUCCGAUGCUAUAGCCAUUCAAAAAAACAGCAGUAUUUUAUCUGUGGAAGUUGUCAAGAAUAUUGAGACUGCUGUGAAUGAAGGAAAGUUGGGAGAAGUGGUCUCCAUAGUCAAAGAUAUCAGUCAGGAAGUAUCCAGAAGCACAGUGAAAAUUGCCGUGACUGGGGACUCUGGCAAUGGCAUGUCAUCCUUCAUCAAUGCCCUUAGGCUCAUUGGACAUGAGGAGGAGGAUUCAGCUCCCACUGGGGUGGUGAGGACCACCCAGAAACCAGCCUGUUACUCCUCCUCCAGAUUUCCCAAUGUGGACCUUUGGGACCUGCCUGGCACAGGGGUCACAGCUCAGAGCAUGGAGAACUACCUGGAGGAGAUGGACUUUGAGAAAUAUGACCUUAUCAUCAUCAUCGCAUCUGAGCAGUUCAGUUCAAACCAUGUGAAGCUGGCCAAAGCCAUGCAGAGGAUGAAAAAGAGGUUCUAUGUCGUCUGGACAAAGCUGGACAGGCACCUCGGUACAAGUGCCCACUCAGAACCCCAGCUACUGCGGAGUAUCCAGGAGAGUAUUCAGGAGAACCUCCAGAAGGAGGGGGUGAAGGUGCCCCCCAUAUUCCUGGUAUCUAGCUUUAAGCCUUCAUUACAUGACUUCCCGAAGCUCAGAGACACACUGAAAAAAGACAUCCCCAGCAUGAGAUAUUAUGGUCUCUUAGGAACCGUUAUCCAAAUAUGCGAGAAGACUAUUAAUGAGAUAGUCGAAACCAUUAAUAAGAGCAUAGAUGAGGAUAAUCUAAAAUCUAUUGGAAACUCAAAUCCAGAUAAUCUGGGAGAGUGUCAGAAAGUAUUCCAAGAAAGAUUAGGUGUGGAUGACAGAUCUCUCCACCAGGUGGCUCUGAUAAUGAACCAGCCUGAUGUUGAUUCCAUGAUUGCCAAGCUAUCCCAGGUUACACAGAGAGACCAAGAUGGCUGGACUCUGCCUCAGCUUUCUCGUUCCGGAAUCAAACGUUUCUAUACAAGGUUUAACGACAACAUCAGUGGCUGUUUUGACUCUCGCCGUCAUAGACACAUGAGUCAGAAAGAUGUGCUUGAUGAAGUUGCUAAGCAAACCAAGAAAAUUCUGAGGGAAAUCCUGAAACAGUCCAUUAUCCUUCCUCAGGAGGGCUAGACAACUGAGGUCCCCUAACCAGCUCUGUACCCUACGUCUACCCGAAGUUGAGCUUACCUGAGCUAUGGAUUCCAAGUUCCUUGAGGUUAAUGGUCCACCUUUUUUGAUGGGUGUCCCCCCCCUCAGGAAACACCAUAAUGGAUUUUGCUUUGUAUCUUUUGUUUAAUUUUAUUAACUGAACUAUCUGGGAUCCCAAUAUAGGAGAAAUUUCCUUA